GACACAGCGCAACUUUCUGCGUAGUCCUCGCGCCAGUGCGCUCUUGCGAAAGGAGUACCUCACUGUCGCUCGAGACCACGGGAUUCGGAGCUAGAGACUGAACCGCGUGACGAAGCAAAUGCUACACAGUUGGUUCAUCCUAAUUUCUUCCUCUCCUUAUUUUUGGACAUUCUCGCGUUGGACGCUGAAAACCGGGGGGGCUUUAAUUUCAAUAAUGACAACUACAGUAGAUGAGCUGACCCAGACCAUCACCACACCCCCUCCUUCGUUCCCUCUCGCGUUCUAGAUCGGCUCUAACUCUCCAAUCAAGUUUGCAUCCUGUGACUCUGCCAGGUAGACUCGCUGAUUGACUGUUCGGCCAAGUUUCCAGCAUUGGGAGCGACCGCGGGCGCAAGCUGAAGCGAUGGAGCUGUCCACGGUGUCCGGUGCUGAUUUCGCGGACCUGUACUCGGUGAUUCCUUUCAAUGUCACCUUCCAGGAGGACCUGGUGAGCUUCAUGCCCAACGGGAGCAACAACACGGAGCAGAGCCCGGUGAAGAGCGCCACGGGUAUCAUAAUAGCAAUCUCCAUAACGGCCCUCUACUCCGUCAUCUGUGUAGUAGGACUGUUGGGAAACAUCCUAGUGAUGUACGGGGUGGUGAGAUACACCAAGAUGAAGACGGCCACCAACAUCUACAUCUUCAACCUGGCCCUGGCGGACGCCCUGGCCACCAGCACGCUGCCCUUCCAGAGUGCCAAGUACCUGAUGAACACCUGGCCCUUCGGCGAGCUCAUCUGCAAGGUGGUCAUCGCCAUCGACUACUACAACAUGUUCACCAGCAUCUUCACCCUCACCAUGAUGAGCGUGGACCGCUACAUCGCCGUCUGCCACCCGGUGCGCGCCCUCGACUUCCGCACGCCCAUCAAGGCCAAGAUCAUCAACGUCUGCAUCUGGAUUCUCUCCUCCGCCAUCGGUGUGCCCAUCAUGAUCAUGGCCGUUACCAAGGUGACGGACAAAGGUAAAACCGUGUGCAUGCUGAAAUUCCCAGACCCUGACUGGUACUGGGAUACCGUGACCAAGAUCUGUGUGUUCAUCUUCGCCUUCGUGGUGCCCGUCCUGGUCAUCACCAUCUGCUACGGCCUCAUGAUCCUUCGCCUGAAGAGCGUCCGCCUGCUCUCGGGCUCCAAGGAGAAGGACAAGAACCUGCGCCGCAUCACCCGCAUGGUGCUGGUGGUGGUGGCCGCCUUCAUCAUCUGCUGGACGCCCAUCCACAUCUUCAUCAUCAUCAAGACCCUGGUGGAGAUCGACCAGAAGAACCCCUUCGUCAUCGCCAGUUGGCACCUCUGCAUCGCCCUGGGCUACACCAACAGCAGCCUCAACCCAGUCCUCUACGCCUUCCUGGACGAGAACUUCAAGCGCUGCUUCCGGGACUUCUGCCUGCCCUUCCGGUCCCGCAUGGACCAGAACAGCUUCUCCCGGGCCCGGAACGCCACUCGGGAGCCGGUGUCGGUCUGCGCCCCGUCGGAAGCUGGGAAGAAGCCCGUAUGACUAGACAUGGACCAGAUGCCCCAGGGCUCCCGCUCGCGGAGGGUCCAGCAGGACCUGCAGUCCGAGGUCACCCAGAUCUCCACCACCGAGUUCUGACUCCCCCCCUCUCCCCGGGGAGUGGCCGCGGGCUUGCCUGGACACUGCUGGAAACAGACAUAACCCCCCCUACUGCCUACCUCUAUACAGACAAUUUCCCCUGUUCCUCCCACUGAGGUCUGAGGAGUUAUGGCCGAGCAUCCUUCGAUCCUGCUGCGAAUAAGCGCGAGGUGUCUCGGACUGCAGCGUGCAUUCUCUUGAGUGAUAAAGACCGACGUUAAAUUCUCACUUUGCACACUGCUCUGGUAGAUAUAGAGGUCAAGCUUAUUCUCUAUGUGGAGGCAUGGAGGUGGUAGUGGGGGAUGAUGUGGGUUGCUAGGGGCAAAUGGUCCAAAAACAGUUAAAUGCUGUGGAUUUUGACAUCAUCAGCUUGGAAGCAUACCUAAAGACACAACAUGUCAAACACAUUUUUUUAUGUGACUUUACUCUUUUAAAGACUAGUAGCAUUGAGUUGAUGUGUGAUUAAUUCCUCCGAAAGGCAAACAGGGUACAAAUGAAGUCAGACACCGCAAUGGAACAGAUGGUCUCAGCAACAAUUCAGCAUUUAAUAGGAUCUGCUGAAAUGAAGAAUGAAGGCUCUCUAACAUCUCUGUCACAGCUUAUGUUUAAAUCAUCUUCAGCAUUUUUAAGUCAUCAACUGUGCAUGUCUGGAAUAAGAGGUACAAACAAAACAAAACAAAACAAAACAAAAACAAAACACAGACGCCUGUUCAAACGACGUGAUUUAAGAUGCUGAAGACAUGGACUCUGAACUGACUGGAUUUGACAGCGCACAGUUACGACAUACUUCACCGCACAGCUCGGCUACGUCGUUCUGAAGCGAGCAGGGCACUUCAGCAUCCUUUCAGAGUGUCGCCUGCCGCCAAUUCUCUGCCCUGCAUCCUCGUUUACCUCCUGUGCCGGACGGCGAAAACAGCGAGGGAGGAGGCUGGAGGGUAGACGGAGCACCCCUGCUCUGAAGUGACGGAGGCUGACUGCGAGACUCAGCCUCUGCCAGCGAAUCAGCUGCGUCGGAAAAAAUCAGAGGUGCGAAGACAUAAUGAUGUUGACAAGGGCAGUCUCUGACACUCUGAGGUUGCUCUGCAGACUGGUGCCACGCUCCUCAACGCAACGGACGCGCAGGGGAUGAAAAUUGGAAUCAUCCAGCUGCCGGGGAGCAGGAAAUGAAAGAGGAAUAAAAGUUUGCUCUUUGCUGAGGUCGGAGGCACCGGGCUGUGCCUAAAGGAUGACUAAGAUCCUGAUGCGGGAGUCUGGGAAAGAUAGGCCUCAGUGUCACCCGGCUGACAGAGGCUUAGGGACAGCUUCUUAUCAUCCCCGACGAGACGCGGUGGUAGGAGAUUCGGCAAGCACACAGCGAGCUUGCUUUUAAAACCCACGUGGUGAAAGCUUGAACUGUGCGUUACCUCAACCUCAGCGACCCCUUGUGACGUCUGCUGUGGUCAGAGCAGAGUCCUGCUGUGCAGUUCCAAACUACAGACAUGUUUUGUAAAUGGUUCUGGGAUGUCUUAUCGGACACCUGGGGGCUACGCUUCACACAGUUUAGUACGUAAUCCAUUCACAAGAUAAACUGGAAAUGCACUCAAGAAACAGUCUAACUCUGUUACCCUGCAGAACAAUAUGAUUCAAGACGUUAUCACUUCUAAGCCUUUGGAUACUAUUCAUUGGUUACAAGGCAUUACAAAUACCAUUCCUUUGACCUGCUGUCAUAUUCAGAAGAUGAAAGCUUUCUUUUAUGUAGCAAAGCCACUUCAUAUAUUCUGAAUGCACCCUUCUUUUAAAGAAUGUAAAAGUAUAUACAUAUGUCUGUGUUGUGGGCAGCACAGCAAGACAAAUAAUCAAAGCACACACCUGUCCAACUUCACAACGGGACAGAGGCAAAGCUGCACAGAGCAAUGUUAUUGGCCUUGAACCAAUCGCGUUUAUGGUCCAGCAUCAUGGGCCCUGUGUUGCUACCCUCACCGCCACAGGUUAUAACGCACUGUGCAAUUGUACACCACUGGACGACACAACUCCCCAUUCCCCAUAAGCCUCAGAAUGUGAAGCCAGUAGCCUGCAGCCUGAAGUGGAGCAACACUCAUAACCGUUUCUGCUCGUCCUCAUGGGGACGCUCGGACUCUCUCUCGAGACACACACGCACGGACGGAAACAGGCGUGGAGCCCCCUUAAGAUGAAAAGCUCCCGACAAGGCAAGUCAGCCACUUAAUUCCCUGGCUCGACCUCAGACCUGUUUCAUAAGCACCCA